CACCACCAAGCCACCACAUCCUCGACUCCGUUGAGCUCUCUCUUCCGCAACCUCAGCGCCCUGGCGUCGACGGCGAGUUCCAGGCCACCCAUCCAGUGCUCAUCGGUUCGCUUUUGUUAUCUCUGCCACAAUCCGCAUCUCAGGGGCGGCUCCGGCCGCAGUUGGGCGCUCACAGAAUGCCCACAGAGCACAUCACAGUCCUGCAAAGCGUGCGAAGCCUCUUGGUUCCCUUGGGAUCUGGAACCGGGCCUGAACCGGCAUGAUCAUCGCAAAAUCAACCAUGACGCAACUGACGAGAAGCUGUUGGGUUCAGUAUCGAGUAACCUUUGCUUGCCCAUGCUCCACAAUGCUGGCGAUCGAUGAAAGCAGAGCCCCGUCAUGGGCCUUUCAUUUUCAGAGAAUAGAACACCGGAGCCCUGAAUGAGUAUGUAUGGGGUCUUGUUUAGAUGGCAUUUCCAACCGCAACCCACAGUCCUCUGCACUGGUCUCUCAUCCGCCAUCAGCCUUGCCUACUUUCUUCGGGGGCAGAGGAAGCGUACACAGGCUUUGUUAUGACGAUGUUUGUACUGGCUGGUGGCAAGCAAAUUAGCCUUUUGGGCUCUUUGCUCACCUGGCUGCUGACAGCAAAAGUUGGCUUUGUGAAUGUCAAUAUGAUGUCGGUCAGCCCAUGUGGAUUGCGAGCCACUUUAACAAGAUCGAGGAUGUUCUUCUCGUCGGCACUGUGCUUCCAAGCUACGGAAGUUGUUGUCAGCCACAAAGACACUGGGUUGCAAGGGAGUUGGACCAGGUGUGGGCAAUAGGUGCUGGCACUGUCGCUUCUGCUCCCUCGAUUGAUAAAGAAGAGAAUAACAACCACGACCAGAUCCUUUGAGAUGCAAGGACGUUUCUGCGUUCAAGACAAGAUUGAUCAAACAGUCUAAGGUCAGGUUAUUCAGCGACAACGCCGAGACAGCGCUCAUGUUUGAUGCUUGGCCGACAAACUGCGUCUCCGGGGUGGAGCGUAGAGCACAAAGCACGAUCCACGAUAAUGUUUUUUAAAAAUUCGCUCCUCAUCUGUUCAGACUCAGUCAUCGCAACCAUCAUCCGAACGACACCAGCAUCUACGCUCUAUCCCUUGGAAAUCCUCGCCUCCUCGAUCAGCACCUUCCAGAGACUUCCUCUCUUCGCCGGGAACGUUGUCCUCUUGCUGCUUCAUUCUGUUUCCUCACAGUCCAAAUCUCCUGCCUUCAAGGCACAAUCAUUACGAGAUUCCACUUCCAGAAGGCACAGCAAGCACCUGAGACUAGCAAGGCAUUCCGCACCACCAAAUCCCUCUGAUACAGAACCCUCUUGCAACCUUCGUCCAGUCUUGAAGAGCAGUCCACAUCUUGUUGCCAAGCUCCGACACACUGUGCCAGAAACAUUACUGGAAUUUGCUGCAUAUCGCUUCUACCAUCGGAUAUCUCAAGAACACACCUCCGAGCCCGCGAAAUUGUCAGGCGUGAUCUGCACUGCGGAAUUUAAGUGAAAGCUUUCCAGACGUGUUCUCAGAUAAAGCGUGCACAUUUGUCCUUCAAACUUGACCCUGUGUUGGAAGUCCCUGGCAAUAAGACUCUUGGUGACAGCAGAAAGAAAAGUUCAGCAAGUGUUGCGUCUCAUGGACAACAUGGCUUCCCACCAACCCCAUGACAACAACAUCAGUCAUGAUCCUCAACACCAAGCACCUGACACUGUGGAGCCACGAAGCAAUGUGAACAACCAAGAGGCAGUUGAGCAGGAUGAUGUCCCUAGUAUCCCGCCCAUGUCAACUCCUACACAAUCUGCAAGAGGAUCUCCUGUCAGCAGAUCAGAGUCACCCGAGUUACGCACAGCAAAGACAGGUACCAAGGCACGUGAUGAGAUACUAGAAGUCUCUGCCGGGAAAUAUGCCAAGUACAACGCAGCGACAAAGGUGUGGAGGGUGUGGAUCAAAUUCAGAGACGGGGCGUCAACAGAGUCCCGGAUGUCAAGAAAGCGAGUUUACGAGGAUCUUGACUUGGCCUCCCCAGAUACCGCUAACACCCCAACUGCACAAAGUGCUGAUAAGGGAGAAAAGCCAAAGCCGGGUCAGAACGAACUUGAGCUACUUCGACGCGCCUGCAUUCCCGAUGAUGUUGAAAAGUCAAAGAAUUCUCCUGUUGUACAAGCUCUCCAACGUGACCCAGCCGGUCGAGAUUCGCUGCCAGCCGAAGAACAAGCAGCAAACAGCGAUGGAGCGAAGAAAGAUGACAUGCCCGACACUCAACCAAGGGAGCACACAACCAGUGGACAAAAUUGUCUUGACGCCACGGCCCCUCCUCUGUCGGAUAUUCACCGCAUUUUCGACCUUAUAACCGAACAAGCUGUUGGCGAGGGUCUGCUCGAGGCAUGCAAACCUUUCGGGGAUGGCGGCGUCAGAGUACUCACGAUGUGCUCCGGCACAGAGAGCCCAUUUGUCGCUAUGGACCUUGUCCGAAAGUCUUUGACAUCGCGAGGGGACGGCGAAAGAUUCAAGUAUCAGCAUCUCGGCAGUGCCGAGAUCGAGCCUUUCAAGCAAGCGUUCAUCGAGAGAAACUUUAGUCCGCCUGUGAUCUUCCGCGACGUCACGGAGUUCGGCCCACAUUCACAAAACCCAGACAGUGAAGAUCACCUGCCAGUCACCGCCUAUGGAGCACGCUACAAACCUCCCGCCGAUGUCCACAUCCUGAUCGCCGGCUCAUCUUGCGUCGACUACUCCGCUUUGAACAACGCCAAAGGAGAGUGGAAAGGGCAACGCGGCGAAGGAGAGUCUGCAAGGACCCUUGACGGCAUUGGUGCAUAUGCCAAGAUGUACAAGCCAACCAUCCUCAUAAUUGAGAAUGUCGAAGGGGCUCCCUGGGAGGAGAUCAAAAUCUUUUGGCGUAAGAAAGGGUACGAAUCUGUGGCGUUGAAGCUCGACUCCCUGGAUUACUACCUUCCGCAAACCAGGAACCGAGGAUAUCUGCUCGGCAUACACAAAGAGCGAGCCCAGGAAAUGGGAUUCGAUAUCGAGGAAGCUCACAAGGAAUGGAUCAUGCUGAUGGCCCGUUUCCAACGCCGUGCUUCAUCGCCAUAUUGCGACUUCAUCUUCAGCGACGACGAUCCACGUCUACUGCUUACCAAGCUCACUGGCGACGAGAGCAAAUCAAGAGGAGGCUCGACUGACUGGGUCAACUGUCGCAAGCGGCAUGUGGCUGCUCGCGUGAAAGAUGGGCUGGGAAUUGGUACACCAUUCACCAAGCGCCGUGGACAUACGGAACCAAAACUUGAUGAUUACGCCGACCAGAGGUGGGCACUUGGUCAAAGCAAGAGAGUUCUUGAUGUUCUUGAUAUCCAUCAGCUGCACAAUGUUGUUCGGCGAGACUUCGAUAUGCGAUACAAACACAGAAAUAUCAAUGUCUCCCAAAACAUCGACCGCGACACAGAUCGUCGCCAGUGGGGCAUCGUUGGAUGUAUCACGCCUAGUGGCUGUCUGUUUGACACUCGACGAGGUGCUCCGUUGUCUGGGCUCGAGAUACUCUCAUUGCAAGGAUUCCCAAUCAGAGAACUAGACCUCGGGAAGCACACCUCAAGGCAGCUUCAGGAUCUGGCUGGAAAUGCAAUGUCGACCACAGUAAUUGGCGCAGCAAUACUGAGUGCUCUUAUUGCCUGCCAUAAAACUUCCGGAAACAAUUCCAGCAUUUUCCCGGCCUACAUUGACCAGACAACGGACAAUACCAAUACACCACGCGACUCUUCUCCAGAAGUUCUCGCUGGGAAGACCUUGAAAGCGGAGAUCGAGAAGCAAAACCUGGAAGAUAUUGUCGAAAAGUGGACCAGUGCUCACAGUGCACAGUCUCUGGGAGAGAUCGUCCGUCUCGCUGUGGACCUCCAGCCGCUGUGUCUUUGCGAGGGACUCAAUCGACGCACCAGACACGAGCUAUUAUUUUGUCCAGAGUGCUAUUACACAUGCUGCAAAGGCUGUAACAGAGACGCGCAUGGGCACCAGAAACUGAGCCACCUGACGAGCCCACAAGAAGACCGUCCGCUUGCGAACACAUUUGUAAGCUAUUUGACGAGCCUACUCCCCCCAGUCCUACAAAACCGACGCCCGCACAGCUCGACACAACUCUUCAACGAUGACAUCUUCAAAUCAGCCAGGGAGCAAGUCUUGGAAGCCCUUGAAAGCCAGGUGCAAUUUCAGGAGAUCAAAUUUGAAAGCUCUUGGAAGGUUGUGUAUGAGUCGACGAGUUGCCGCCUAGAGCUCGAAUUUGUCCAGAAGCGCUAUCUUCGUGACCCAUGUUCAGACCAUGUGCAAUCAGAUAAACCACAACUCCAUCUGGACGCGACCCCCAAGUGGCUGCUGUUCGCCAAAGCUCCAGCAAAUGAGCCAGCAAAUAGCGCGAUGCGAGAUUUGUUUCGUCAUCCUGUGGCCAGAAUGCAACCUGGUACAAACCUCUUUGAAGGCGUCUGGGAAUAUUGGGACGGACAUUCGAAAGACUUCAAACUUCAUGUCAUAGGCAAAGGCGGCCAAGUCAAGUCAUGGGAGCAGAAACUAGGCAUCGAAGCCAAACCGUUUGCGUUGUUGAACGCUUUCUCAACUCUCGAAGUCAAUCCUCCAAGUGGUUUCCAAGUGCAACAAUCAUCAGUAUUUGAUGAAGUCGUUGGGGAAUACAAGCUGCUCCAGAAUUGUCCCGCGCCCAGUGGCACUUUGCACCGAAGAGUGGCCCAGUCAUCUUCUCAAGCACCAACUUUUCUGUUCCUGAAGUCCGGCCCUCUGAACGAUCCGAGCCUUGAUCGUGUUGUGUUCUCAACUCAAGCAUGUCGACGAGACCUAAACGACGACAAAGCCGUCCUGGCAAGCCUCGACGCUUCUUGGAGACCUGUUGCUACAGCAGAACUGGCCAGGGGUAUGGAAAUCGACUGUGAGGUCACGAGUCAAUGGUCAGACUCUCAAGGACAGAUUCUCGAGAUACCAGAUGACGAAAACACGAUUCAUAGGUGGGGUCAGACUCCAAGCAUGAGUCCCAUAUCUCCCAAGGACUGUGCACAGAGCCACUCGACAGUUUUGCUCCUGGACUUGAGCUUUGAUGUGAAUGCCGUACAAAGACUACGGUGUCGCCGAGACCUCUGCAUUGAUCUGGAACGGGAACCUGAAGCAUUGAGCGAAUUUGGAUGGAUCCUAUCACACGCGGCCAACAUCCCUCAACUAAGCCAGGGUUGGCAACCCAUCAACGACCUCGAGAUUGCUACGUGCACGGAAUGUUACCCUCCGGCACCCUCGCUCAGAUGGAUUCUAAAAGGUGACAAAGCCAACGAAAGAGUAAGCGCCAUUGAGAGUCCACUGGAAGCGGCGAAGUAUGAGCGCCUUCUGAAAAUGAGACCCAAGCCUGCAAUCGCACUCUUGCAAAAGCUCGACGACAAAACGAUGCUGAACAUAGUGGUCAACGUCAAGACACUAGCCCACCGCGCAGUCACACAGCUAUUGCAUCCCGACCAGACCAUCCCUGUUCUCGAAUCUCUGGAAUGGCGGAUAGAUUCAUAUGACCGCUUUGCACCUCCCCAAGAGUUUACCACUCCACAGCUUCUGUCCAACGAGCAAGACCAAGUAGACCCGCAGAUAGACAUUGACUUACGCCUCAAGCGCCAACUGUGGCCUACGCAAUCUCGCGCCCUUGCUUGGAUGUUUGCACAAGAAAACAGCCCGCCGCAAUGGAAUGAGACGUCAUUGGUCGAGUCUUGCCUGCCUGCACUGGGAUGGAGACUAGAAACGAAAGCUCGCCUACCAAAUUCGCAAGUUCGGGGUGGCAUUAUCGCCGAUGAGGUAGGGGCAGGAAAGACCACCACCUCUCUCGCCUUGGUAGAUCUAGACUAUGAACGGUCUGCGACAGCAUUCAAAACUGACUCUCAAUCGACCAAAUUCCAGUCCGACGCCACUCUGAUACUGGUACCUAAAAAUAUUGUCAAGCAGUGGGCAUCUGAGAUCGCCGAGACUCUAAAAUGGGAAAAGCUGGAUAUCCGUCGCUCACGCCCAGUAAAAGGUCCUUAUUACAUUGUCGCCGAGACAACAGCACAACUACAGCGGUAUUCUCACGAUCAAAUCCGCUCGGCACGACUUGUCUUGGCUCCAUGGGACAUGUUCCACGAGACAACUUACUUGACGCAUUUGCGCAAGAUCGCUUGCUCUCCUUGCGUUCCAGAUGACCCUGGUCGGGCUUUUCAAGAAUGGUUGAGCGUAGCUCUGUCGAAUCUGGGUUCGUGUGUCGAAGGAUUGAAAGAGGGCAAAUCUGAAUUCUGGACCAAAUGGGCUGAAGUUAGAUCGAAAACAACGGCCGGAGCGAAAUAUGAGCGAUUUCAAGGAUAUGUGACGCGAGCAAGCAACAAAGCCGUCAUCAAAGCAGAGCGUGAAGCCAAGAAAAAGAGGGCAGCAGAAAGCACUAAGGACGAUGAUGAUGAUGCAUCUGAAGAAGGCUCAAGCAAGCCUCAGCACAAUGCACCCACAUCCAAGAAUCCCCAAUCUCGGUCAGAACCCGAUACCAACAACAUUGAUGAGACCGACGCAGGAUCAGAAGACCAGGAUCAGGAGAAGAAACAAGUUCCUUCAAAACAGCGUCGAAAGGGUGUUGCAAAGACUGCCGCCAAAGAACCUGUGAUCACAGCUGAAGAAGUCCUCAGUAAGGAACUGGAUGACUUUGAAAAGGAUGAAAAAAUACCUGUCCUCCUGCACAUGUUCGCAUUCCGAAGACUUAUUGUGGAUGAAUUUACCUAUAUCCACGGCGAGACACUGCUGUCGCUUCUACAACUUGAUGCAUCUGCGAGAUGGCUGCUUUCUGGAACACCGCCGAUCCACGAUUAUGACAAUGUCAAUACUAUGGCAAAACUGUUGGGUACGCGGAUUGCGGCUUAUGAUGAGAAGGAAGGGAAAUUUGAAUUUGGAAGAGAUCGAUCAAGAAUGAUCAGAGACAAGUCCGACGCACAAGAAUUUCAUUCAUAUCAGGACAUCGCUUCCCCAGCAUACAAGAGUCACGUGUAUGGACUUGCAAAAGAGUUUUCGGCAAAAUUCAUUCGGAAGAACGAGAUUUCGAAAAAGGGUCUUAUUAGACACAGAAGCCUCUACGAAUUCCAGCUCACUCCUUCCGAGUCAAUCACGCAUUCGGACGUCAAGCAACUGGCAAUGGACCCAGAUCGAACCUUUAACAAAAAGACCGCAAAAAUCAAUCCCACAGAAGAUCUGGAAGAACCCGAAUUUGUCCAGACGCUGACGAACUUGGUCGAACGAACGAGCGGGCCACUUGAAGCUCAAUUGUGCUCGAGUUUGAUGCUAGAAAACGUCCGAAGUGAAACAGCCAAAGCAAAAGGCCAGAGUGACGAAGAGGUGUUGGAAACCCUUGUCGAAGUCGAGGUGCAGAGAUUGACCAGUCUGGUCAACGAACAAAACGAGUUUGUCCUGCACAGAACUCGACGACUCUUGCAAGUCCUACGAGAACUCUCCUUUCUCAAGAACGAGGUGUCAGAAUCGUCGGCGGCAAGUUUUGCCAGUUUCACGCAGAACGCCGCCAAUGGCAACUUGGCCGACACCGCGGCCGUUGAGAUUGUGAAGCUCCUCCUCGACUACUCGCAGGAGAACCCACUGCAGCCGAGUCUUCUCCUGUCAAAGGCCGGCGGCGGCGAGACCUCAUUCGAUCUGGAUGAAGUCAAAGACGCCACCGUUGGCGUCAAAGAAGUCGAUUUGCGGAUGGCCAGGGUGGAGAGCCACCUGGAGGUUCUCCUGCGAGGACUCCGUCGACUGCGUUUCCUGGGUGUCGUUGUGGGCGCCUUCGAGAGCACUUCGCCUUCGGGCGAAUGUUCGGCAUGCGGCGAGAUGCCGUUACACAAGGCAGGGCUUUCGGUCGCAACUCAAUGCGGCCACCUCCUGUGCGAACUGUGCCUCUCGAAGGAGUGCUGUGAGUUCCGGGCGGCUGGAGACGUCAUUCCAGUCGACCAAUUUGAACUCUGCGCAACCUCAGGGGCUCCCGGCUCGGUGGCGGGAGCCAGAAUGCGGCUCGCCGUGGCCAUCAUCAAGACGGCCACCCAAGAAGGGGACUCGGUCCUGGUUUUUGCCCAGUGGGAGGGCAUGAAGAACGCUUUUAUCAAGGCGUGCCGCGCGGCGGACAUUGUCUGCCACGAUGGCUACCAGGGCGCUUCGGCGCGGACGGCCGUGGAGACCUUCCGGCAGCAGAAUCAGCCUGGCGUCCUUGUUCUCAAGGUCGACAGCCCUGACGCUGCCGGUUGGAACCUCCAGGUCGCCAACCAUGUCGUCUUCCUGGCGCCCUUUGUGGCGGGCGAGGAGGAGCGGAAGGCCACUAUGGCCCAGGCGAUCGGGCGUUCAUGGCGACCAGGCCAGAAGAAGGACGUUCGCGUCCAUCUUCUGGCUGCCAUGUCCACCAUCGAGCCGGGCAUGGUGGUCUGGGAGGGCGAGUAG